AUGUUUGGAAGAGGGAAGUCGUGCAAAAUUAUUUUAAAAAACAACCACCUCAGGAAUUUACUUUUAUCAAGAAAGCUGAGUAGUGUGAAAGGUCAGAUUCCAAGAAGAUCGUUUCUUUACAUCCCAGGAAACGAGGAACGAAAAGUAUCAAAAGCGACUGGUUUGAACUCUGACUGUGUGGUGUUGGACUGUGAGGAUGGAGUAGCGUCCAACAAGAAGGAAGAAGCAAGGAAUACUAUCCACAACAUACUUGGUCAACUGAAAUUUGGUUCCAGCGAAGUGUGUGUUCGUAUUAAUUCCAUUGAGACUGGUUUAGCAGAAGAUGAUUUGAAAGCAGCUUUGACAGCAAAGGAACUGCCUGACUCUAUUGUGGUACCCAAAGUAGAGACUGUAGAGCAUUUAGAUUGGUUAAGUGACAAAGUGUCCUCCAUAAUGAAGCCAAGCGCAGACAAAAAACUGGGGCUUAUCACCCAAGUUGAAAGUGCUCUUAGUCUCCUUAAUCUCCGUGCUGUCUGUGAACAUGGCACAUCAACUGACAGACCAUUCAGAUUUGAGGCUUUAGUAUUUGGAUCAGAUGACUUUCUUGUCAGUAUAGGAGCUACUCGCACAAAAGAUGCAAAGGAAUUGAUUCAUGCUCGUCAGAGUGUAGUUGUUCAUGCAAAGGCUUUUGGUCUACAAGCUAUUGAUAUGGUUUAUAUUAAUUUCAAAGACCCUGAGGGUUUACAGGCACAAGCAGAGGAAGGUGCUAGGUUUGGUUACACUGGUAAACAAAUAAUACACCCAGGACAGAUUGAAAUUGUUAACAAGGCAUUUUCACCAAGUGAAGAGAAGGUUAAAUGGGCAAGAGAUCUGGUAAAUGCUUUUGAGGAACAAGAAAGAGUUGGAAAGGGUGCCAUUAAUUUCCAUGGCAACAUGAUUGACAUGCCAACAGUUCAGCAAGCCAGGAAUGUUCUUCGAUUGGCAGAAGCUACACAGAAAAAGUAAAAAGUAAAUAAUAGCUUUUGAGCCAGGCUUGAUGCAAGGACAUGGUUUAGGAGAGUCCCAGAACUGCAUAUGACCCACCUUGUGGACAAGACAAAGGGACAUGUUGAGUGGGCUCUGCAGGACCCUUCCUCCCUCCUGCUUUAAAAUCCAGAUUACCUUGUAGACACAGUGAUAUGCAAGGUCUCUUCAGAAAUACAAGUGACACUGCAAGGCUGUGCUCUAGGAAAAUUUUCAAGGCGCCCUUUGGGCGCCUAACCAUGACAAGUAGGUCGCCCAGCCUUCCAGGUUGGUCGCCCGAAUUGAUUAAUUAAUAAAUAAUUAAUUGAUUAAUUAAUUAAUAAUCCAUUUUAUAGUUGAAUCAGUUAAUAAUUAACAAUAAAAAAAUCCUUAUUCAGAGA